UGUGAUAAAUAAAGUCGUUUUUAAGUUAAAUGAGUUGAACAUUGUUUUGGAUGUUUAUUUUUUCAAAGUUUGAUAGAUGAUUUUGUCAUAUUUUCCUGAUUUUGGCCACAAAAUCCAAUUUGAUCAGAGCGUUUUUUUCAUUCCUCUUCAAAGAUUUGCAGAUUUGGCAGAGCAUGGAUGCUUUUAUUACGAAAGUCUAAAUAAUACCCUUUCCGGUACAGCUUGUUGGGUUUGCCUGUAGUUGCCCGGGAGCCAGCUCCAUAGCAACCGGAUCAAGAAAGGAAAAAAAGUUGAAAGAUUUAUUUGUUUGUUUUUGUUUGGUUGUUUAAGGGUUAAGUAGUGAGGAAGAUGAGGAGGAUGAAGAAUUUCCUGAGCAGAUCAGGAGUUGGACACAAACUAAAAGUUUCCAGUUAGAAAUGCCUUCAACGCUGAUGGUGAAGCCCAAACAGGCGGAGGCGUCGAAGAGAAGCCGAGCGGCGAGGCCGGCAGCGGAGCCGCCGAGGGACAAGAGGGGCCCGGCGGCAGCGGCGGGGGCCCAGGGGCCCAAACCAAGGGCCAGGUCCUCAUCUGCUGCCCCCAAACCAGCAGGAGCCAAACCCAGAACCGAGCCGGAGCGCCGCAGGGCCAGCAGCUCGGUGAGGCAGCCGGACGCCCGGGAGGGCGCCGGGUGUCCGGGUCUGGGGGAGCAGCGGGGCCCCGGGCCCGGCGGGAGGCCCGCGAUCCAGAGUCACAAGGCGUUCACCGUCAUCCCUCCAAACCCAAAGAAACGGAGAGAAAUCCAGAAAAAGGCGGAGGCAGAGCUAGCUGCUCUGGAGGAGCUGCGCCUGAGCAGAGCCAUGGCUUACGUCUCCAUCAACCCCAGCAGCGUUGGCGGCUGCAUGAGUCUGGAGGAAGUGAGGCUGAAGCAGCAACAGGAAAUGAUGCAAGCCAAGAGGAAACAGAAACAGGUGAGGAAGCAGCUGAUGGAAGAAGCGCCUGUUCUGACCAGGUGACCGCCCACAGCGCCUCCUACUGGCCUCACCUGGCAGCUCAACUCCUGCUGAACACAACGCCAAGGCAAAGGUUUCCAUCCAUCAGCAGGAAC